AUGGCGCCCCCUCUCGAUCCACUGCACUCUGUGCCCACGCAGGCCAGCUACGCCUCCUGGGCUGACCUGGUCAACGAGAUUGGGCCGAUGAACUGGGUGGCUUACGGCGUCGCCUUCGCGCUCGGGCUCAGCGUAGUCGGGGCUGCAUGGGGCAUUUUUAUUUGCGGCAGCAGCAUCUGUGGCGCGGCUGUGCGCUCGCCUCGCAUUCGCUCCAAAAACCUCGUCAGCGUCAUUUUCUGCGAAGCUGUCGCCAUCUACGGUGUCAUUAUUGCCAUCAUUAUUUCAGGCCAGAUGGACAACGCGCCGCCGAAUUUCUCGCCCAUCGUUGGAAAAUUGAACGACUGGCAGAAUCAGGCGGUCGUUGCCGGCUGGGCCCUCUUCUGCUGCGGUCUGACUGUGGGACUCUCCAACCUGUUCUGCGGAAUCAGCGUCGGCGUGUCAGGAAGUGGUGCGGCGCUCGGUGACGCUCAGCGCCCCGAGCUCUUCGUGAAGAUGCUUGUCGUUGAAAUUUUUGCGUCCGCUCUGGGUCUCUUUGGAGUCAUCGUUGGCAUCCUGCAGUCGAAUAAGGGCAAAUUUGACAAGGUCAGCGGCACCCAGCUGAUCUGA